CAGUAUUUUAAUACUGAGCCGAGAACAACAUAGGUGCUGCGGUACGACUGUUUUAAUCUGGAUUAGUGUUUCUCUCUCUAGCCAGGACUCUAAUAAUCCGAUUAUUCAGAGUUCGCUUGGCGCUUCUUCAAGGGGGAGAAGAUGAUGGAGACGCGAAGCAAGGGCUCCUCGGUUAUAUGGCGGUGUCUCGGCGCAUACCGUUACUGUUCAUACUGGUUCAGGCGAUCUGCACUUCUGAAGUGAGGCUACGAGAGGCUAUCCGUGCUAUUAAAUCGAUUGGAAGUUUUUUUUCCACGCCAUGCAAGGCAAGUCGAACGCGUCCCUAUGCAAAACGUGAGCAAAGUUAUUUGAACAGGGUUUCUAUUGUAGUCAGUCCACUGCAGUGCAUCCCUGUGCAGUAUUCGGACAUAUAGAAUGCUGCGCUCUGCUCUGCAGUCAGACUGCGUCUUUGACAGAGUUUUGAGAGCGAAAUCGAAAGACGACUGAAUUUAAUGAGAGUGACUUGGGUCUUUUUCCAUACCUGUCAAUCAACGGGGAUAGCGGUAUCGACUAUAGCCUACAUUAUGGGUCCUUCAUUGUCGUUUUGAUGGUGUUCAGAGUCCUGUGGUUGAGUGAUGACUCAGACUGGGGAAGAGAAUGCUACUCACCGUGCAGCACCCACUGAUCCCCAGCACCACCCCAGCACCAUGUCUUACUACCCUACAGCCAACCACUGUGUUUGGGGGACCAUGUCUCCAUAGCUACAGCAGCUAAAUAUACACAUCUUCAAUACAUGAAAACUGAGAGAGGGAUGGAACCAUAUUUCAGAUUGAAUGUGAGUACUGUGGAUAUUAAGUAACAAACACAGUCUUACAAACUGUCAGAGGCAGAGAGAAGAACAGCAUGGAGGACAGUGAGCUUAUCUUUCUGGAGCACCAUGAUGAGGGCGAGGGCCCUACCGUGGCCUUCUCCAAAGACAAGCCUGGAGUCAGGGAGGGCCCUACCGUGGCCUUCUCCAAAGACAAGACUGGAGUCAUGGAGGCCAGGGACAGUAGGUUCGACUCAGGCCUGGGGCUAGGUUUGGGGCUGGAGCCAGGCCAGGGACGCCGCUCCUCGGGCUUCCACAUCCCCCUCUCCCCCUCCUCUCCGGGCUCCCUGGCUGACCUGGCCAUGGCCUCGUCGCCACCCCCCGGCCUGGUGAAGUCCUCCUCCACAGAGCUGCAGACCAAAGAGACUGGUUCCUUGAGAAGCUCCAAACCCCUCCUCAGCCUGGUCAAGUCCCUCUCCACCGAGAUCUCCCACCUCGAGCCCGAGGUCUACCUCUCCAAGUCGGACUCCAAGCUCCACAUGCACCCCUGGAAGCAGUUCACCCAGACCCAACCCAAGCUCCAGGAGGCUGGUUUUGGGAAUGAUAGCUGGAUGGCACCCCCGUCCCCCGCUUCCCCCACGGAGCCCAAAGGAAGUUCCCUGAUGACCGAGUUCGAGGACACGCGGAGGAAGUUCUCGGAGGCCAUACAGGACCCCAUGAGCAUGUGGGGUAAAAUGAUGGGGGACGAGUCGAGCUCGGGGAGCCCCAAACAGAAGGUGUCUGGAGGGGUCGGGGACUCACCUGCCUCCCUUGGUAGCUGUGGAGGUGGUGGGAGUGGGACCCCAUUGAACAUUGAAGAUGGGAGCACAGAGACACAAGUAAGAUACAGACGUGGAAUAGACAGUGAACUGGGUGUGUGUGAAACCCCACUAAGGAGACCCAGGAAGGGCCUUCUGAAGCCCUCACUUUCCCCAGAGCACCAUAGCCAGUUAGGGGAUAGCCUCUACAAGAUCUGCACCAACGGAGACCUCAUCCAGGUGGUAGAGGUCCAGGGGGUCGGAACCAGUGGAGCUGGUACCAGAGGUCAGCAUCGAGGAACCCAUCCCCAGGCUCGAGGCAGGAUUCCUGGGGUUCCUGUAGCCUCAGUGCCUGUCCGCUGGCUCUUGUUUGUGGGCGUACUUGCCUAUGGGUUCUUUGUGCUCCCUCUGCCCUCCUAUGUGACUGGGCUGUCCCUGGGGCUAGCAUGUGGGUUCCUGUUAGGGUUGGUGGUGGUCCUGGUGUUAACGCCACGUCCGCGCUCCAGAGCUUUGCCCCCCUGGGGCACUACAGGGGCCCGGUGGUCCCAAGACAACAGCCUGCUGCCCUCGGACCCUGUUGGUGGGCCGCGCACAGAUGCAGAAGUCCUGGAGGGCUGGAUGAACGAGAUGCCCGUGUACGACCCAGAGACCUACCACCGGUCGCUCACCCACUCUGUGUAUGCCACCCUGGAGGGCAGCCGCCUACGCCUGGCCUACCCCCGCACCAACAUCCCCCGACAGGCAGCCUUCGACGAACCGCCCCAUGAAGUUGUGUUCCUGCGCUCGCGCUGCUACCAGCUGACCAACUGCAAGGUCUCCCUGUUGCCUGCUGCCUUGGCACGGAAGAGAGUUUGGAAUAAGAAGUACCCUAUCUGUAUCAUACUGGCCGAGGGAGAGGUGGGGAGAGAGGAGGAGGAGGAGAGAGUGGAAGAGGGGCAAGAGGAGGAGGAGGAGGAGGAGGAGAGGACAGACAAGCAGACACUCCCAGACACACAGACACAGGGCCUCCCCGACACUCUCUACCUUUUUGGUCGUACAGGAAGAGAGAAGGAGGAUUGGUUCCAGCACUUCCUGUUAGCCUCGAAGUCAGAGUUCAAGAGCAGCCCGAUCAGAGACGUGCCCAAGUCUGAGGUGUUAUGCAGUGGGAGCUCCAGUAUGGACAGUACGGAGCACCUGCCCUCUCUGAUUGGCCUGCGUGACCUGGUGGACUACGGCUCCUACAUGAGCCGCCUCAUUGGCUUAGAGGGUAGCAGUCCCAGUCCCAGUCCCAGCCCCAGCCCCUGCCACAGUGACCAGGGAAGCCCCACAGCCAGGAAGAGGUUCCCCAGUGAGGAGGCAUCAGCAGAGGGGGGCUGCCCAGCAGAGGGCCAACCGGCCUGGGUCAAUGCCCUGGUGGGGAGGAUCUUCUGGGACUUCCUCCGGGAGAAAUACUGGGUGGACCUGGUGGCCCACAAGAUCCAGAAGAAGCUGAGUAAGAUCAGGUUGCCGUACUUUGUGAAUGAACUGAAGUUGGCUGAUCUGGACAUGGGUACCUGCAUACCUCAGGCGCUCAGCAUCUCCAAACCCUCACUGGACCACAGAGGCCUGUGGUUGGAGAUGGAGGUGGUGUAUACAGGCUGCCUACAGAUGACCCUGGAGACGAAGUUGAACCUGUGUAAACUGGGGAAGGAGAAGUCCAUUGGGGUGGAUGCUGACGGACACACCCCAGAGACCAGCCAAGUAGGCUCCAAGCCCAGGCUGUGUGUAUUAGCUGACAGUGAUGAGGAGUCCUCCAGUGCCGGCUCAUCUGAUGAGGAGGAGGUGCCGCCUACUGAACCCCAGGGAACUCUGGGAGAUAAGAGUGCAGGCACGCCACCACCACCAGCGACUGAUGGUGGGAGUGGUGGGAGCACCGGCAGACGGUUCCUGAGGUUCGUGGACAAGAUCACCUCGUCCAAGUACUUCCAGAAGGCCACGGAGAACGAGUACAUCAAGAAGAAGAUCGCUGAGGUCUCCAACAUGCCACUGAUGCUCACUGUGGAAGUUCUAGAACUCUCAGGGACUCUGGCUGUCAACAUUCCACCUCCCCCUACUGACAGGAUAUGGUACAGUUUCCGUGUGCCUCCCAGGCUGGACCUGCGUGUGCGUCCCAUGCUAGGGGAGAGGGAGGUCACCUUCACACACGUCACAGAGUGGAUCGAGAAGAAGCUGAGUCGAGAGUUUCAGAAGGAGUUUGUGAUGCCCAACAUGGAUGACCUCUAUCUUCCUCUCAUGUCCUCCGUGCUGGACAACCCUCCAGCAGCCCAGCAUUCUCCAGCCCACUCCUCACGCCGCUCCUCCAACGACUCCCAGUACUACGUGUCUGAAUAGUGCCUCACUGUGGCAGUGGAUGGAGAAGAAAAUAAAUGGAAAACCAGUGGGCAUGGACCCACAGUGGAUUCUGAGCAGAUAGGGCUUGGUUCAGUCCUAGCGAAGCCUGUGGCGGGCACGUACAACAUGGCAUGACUGGAUAGAGGCAUGGCUAUGUUCUGAGCAGCAAGAGGGACUGGUAUAAUCGCAUAGAGCCUGUUAUAGCACCCAGCCCUACUGACUGAACUUAGACAGCACUUUGCAAUAGAGAAGUGACCUGCGAUAGUCCUGUAAUGAACCAGGCUGAUGUUUAUUGGGAUGAGUCUUCUCCGUGAGGCAGAACUGAACGAUUUCCACUAGAUGGAACAGCAAAAAUCCUAAAUUGGCUGUAUUGUAAAAAUGCAUACAUAAAAAUGGGCUUUUUGGUCUUAAUUUGAGUUUAGGGUUAAGGAUAGGUUUUCAAAUCAGAUUUUAUGACUUUGUGGCAGUGCCAGUAAGUGACCACUCUGCAUAGCUGCCUCCAGAACAAAAUACACUAAGCUGUGUAAUGAAGACAGUGUCCCAGUUGGCACCAUAUAUCAUGACGUUGCAACCAUGUUUGAUAACAUUCCACCAAUUCCACUUGUCGUUAACACAAGCCCAUUCUCCGCAAUUCAGGUGCCACCAACCACCUGUGCUAUGUGGUGCACUGCUUUUGACCAGGGCCCUGCUAUGGUAGUGCACUACAUAGGGAAUAGGGUGCCAUUUUGAAUAAAACAGCAAUAGGUAGAUAUGUUCACUUAAAGGAAAGUGAAUGGGCAUUACUGGUAUGAACUGUCACUGUACGAUGACUAUGCUGUGAUAUACUGAAUCAGUUUGUCCUCAACUCGUACUCAUGUUGUCCAGUGGGCUGGCCAGAACAUUGGUGUGUUACUGGCCUGACAAAAUUGACUCCCUGAACAAUUCCUAUUUUAAGUGAUUGUAGCCCAGAGAAGAUUAUUGGUUCAUUAAAACGUUCAUCAUCAAAUGGCUUUGAGUGGCUUUUGGACAACGUACCCCCUCUUCAUUCAUCAACUAACCGACAAAGCCUGUCCAUUUCUACAUACUAUCAAGAUAUUGUGGGAAAAAUAAAACUUCAUAAAAAUACAGUACUAAUACACGAUUAAGAUAUCUAGUGCAUCUUUAUUGGUCAAUUGCAUACAAGGUCCAACUGAAAUUUGACUUCUGUUUUUAACCGUGAGCCACCAGUGGUAUAGUGGAGGGAAGCCACAAGUGCUCUUGUUUAGCCAUCAUUUGUUUUGUGUGUGUGGGGGGAGGGGUGAUACAUUGAAUGUAUAGGGAGAGUUACUUCUUCCCCACGACCAGUUUACACACCAAUUUUAUUUACCAAUACAUCACCGUGCCACCAUUACUCACUUAUCCAAAUUUGUCCCCCAAAUGGCAGCCCAUUCUAUAUUUAUACAGGAAAUAGGGUGUCAUUUGGGCCCUGAACAA